UGAUUAUUUAGUUGAGAGCCGUUAAGCGGUGUCUCUGAUAUUGAUGACUUUUGGUAGUCAUGCAGGGGUCAACGUUACAAAUUGUUCGAUCUCUGCGAACAAGUUCCUUUUCCCUGGGCAAGAAAACUCGCGAUCCUUUCGAUCAACGUUUUGAGGUUACUGGAAAACAUGCAAAACGUGACAAACCUCACCAUAAACAGGUGCAAAGUAUUCUUGCUAAACACAUUGUACCUGAAGUUGGUGGAUUUUCCAGAAAAACUGGGAAGUACUGCAUUAUUCCUGAAAUGAUACCAAAUAUUGUUGUUCCUGAUCUUACAGAUUGUGAGCUGAAGCCAUAUGUCUCUUACAAAGUUCCUGAUGUUGUACAGUCACAGUUCACUGCUAAAGAAUUGUUUGAUGCCUGUUACGCACCUUCAAUAAUUGAAGAACACAAUGCCAGCAAAAGAUGAUAGCCACAAGUGUUAAAGAAAUUUUACAGUUCUAUUUAUUGUCAAAUAUUGAAUUUUCUCAUUUUAAGUAAAAUAAAAAGUUAAACAUUUUCUAAAU